AUUUUUUUAAUCUUUUUCGACGGGAAAUGUGAGCCGUGAAGGCCUCCUGCUCCCUCUCGCCCAUUCCUCCUCAUAUCCCGCUCAUUUCUCUCUUUCCCUUCUUUUCUCUCUUUCCCCCUCUCCCUUUCCCCACCCACCCCUCCAUCACCAAGAACACCACCACCUCCCGUCGCUCAGCAACAGCCAACCGACCGACUAACCAACCCACCAACCAACCCACCACUCAACGUCACAUAUAUCUAAAAUGGCCACUGCCCGCACCAAGAAGGACGAGUCCACUGCCGCCCCCGCCGCCGCUGCCCCCGUUGCCGAUGCCCCUGCUAAGGCUGCUGCCACUAAGAAGGCCAAGGUUGCCGCUCCCAAGAAGGAGUCUGAGCAUCCUCCCUACAAGGAGAUGAUCAUUGCUGCCCUUCUUCACCUCAAGGAGCGCAACGGCUCCUCCCGCCAGGCCUUGAAGAAGUACAUCAGCGGAAACUACAAGGUCGGCGAUAGCUCUGAUGUUCAUUUCAACGCUGCCAUCAAGCGCGGUGUUGAGACCGGCGACUUCACCCAGCCCAAGGGUAAGUCUGGCCCUGUCAAGCUGGCCAAGAAGGAGCCCAAGAAGAAGGAGGUCAAGGAGAAGAAGGAGGUCAAGAAGCCCGUUGCUAAGAAGCCCGUCGCCGCCACCACCACCAAGAAGGCUGCUGCCCCUAAGAAGGCCGUUGCCAAGAAGGAGACCAAGAAGGCUGCCGCACCAAAGAAGGCCACUGCUGUCAAGAAGGCCGUCAAGAAGGCUGAGGCCAAGAAGCCCGCUGCUAAGAAGGCUGCUGCAACCAAGAAGGCUGCUGCUCCCAAGGAGUCAAAGGCCAAGGCUGCCCCCAAGGAGAAGAAGGCUAAGGCCACCAAGGCCUAAAGGCGGAAAUUGGGGCCAUUCAGUCUUUUGAAAAGAACAAAAAUAGGAGGAAGAAGACCGGGGACAGGAAGGGGAAAAAAAAACUAUUGAAAAGGAUGGACUAGAGCAACAACUCGUUCAUCCUUUACCAGCGGUUCAUUAUUGUUUUCUGCGUUUUUUUUUUUGUAAUAUCGUUUUUUUCAGUCUUUUUUUCUUUGUCUGCUGGCCAACAAACCGGGUUUCCUUGACGCCUUAUAUCCUCUCCUUCUGUCCAGUCUUUUUCGGCAAACACUCCUCCCCGCAACUCCCUCUGGUCUCUUAAUCCGAGUCGUCCUUCUCUUCCUUGUAACAAAACUGUAUUUCUGAUUUGCUUUUUUCUCUUUGACGUUUUAUUAACAUUAAAAAACAAAUUCACCAUAU